CUGGCCUGGCCCCGCCUCCGGGCGGACUCGGGUGAGUGUGGACUGGCGGCCUCAGUGCGCCCCCUGGUGCCCACCCUCGAACACUGUCUCCGUCGGCGCCUUUUGACGCCACAAUGGGCGUGUCGACGCCACCAAGACGUCGCUACGCGCCGAAAGUAGCGACUGCGUCAGCCUGGGCUUCACAUUCAAAUCCCUGACGUUGCCGCAGGAGCUAAGCUUGUGCCACGUUUGCUUUGUACAAGUUGCAGCGACGGCGAUCACGCGCACGCGCUCUGGGUGAGCCCCCGGACAGUGUCGAUACCGAGGCCCGCGAAGCCAACCAGCGUCAUUUUGGCCCAUUUGCUUCUGUGAACUCCUCUCCUGGGUUAGGUAGGAAACAUGAGCGCCAACAACUUGGAUAAAAACGAUGAGUUUGAUGAGCAAUUACGAAUGCAAGAAUUGUACGGAGACACCAAGGACGGAGACACCCUGAAUGAUCCCAAUGGAGAAACGGAUCCUUUGGGACAACAGCCAACUGAUACCCCAUAUGAGUGGGACCUGGACAAGAAGGCUUGGUUCCCAAAGAUCACUGAAGAUUUCAUUGCUACAUAUCAGGCUAAUUAUGGCUUCUCUAAUGAUGCUGCAUCUAGUUCUUCUACAAAUGUUCAGGACUCCAAUAGUAAGCCUGUAGAAGAAGCUCCACAAACAAAAACCCCUGAGCCCACUGAUCCCAAAAAGAAGGGAGAAAAAAGAAAAGCUGACUCAGGAUGGUUUCAUGUUGAAGAGGACAGAAACACAAAUGUGUAUGUGUCUGGUUUACCUCCAGACAUUACAGUGGACGAAUUUAUACAGAUUAUGUCCAAGUUUGGCAUUAUUAUGAGAGAUCCUCAGACAGAAGAAUUUAAGGUUAAACUUUACAAAGAUAAUCAAGGAAAUCUUAAAGGAGAUGGGCUUUGCUGUUAUUUGAAGAGAGAAUCUGUGGAACUUGCAAUGAAGCUUUUGGAUGAAGAUGAAAUUAGAGGCUACAAGUUGCAUGUGGAGAUGGCGAAGUUUCAGCUGAAAGGGGAAUAUGAUGCCUCCAAGAAGAGGAAGAAAUGCAGAGAUUAUAAGAAGAAGCUGUCCCUGCAACAAAAGCAGCUGGAUUGGAGACCUGAGAGGAGAGCAGGACCAUCCCGGAUGCGUCAUGAGCGAGUUGUCAUCAUCAGAAAUAUGUUCCACCCUUCAGAUUUUGAGGAUGAUCCACUGGUGCUAAAUGAGAUCAGAGAAGAUCUUCGAGUUGAAUGUUCGAAGUUUGGACAAAUUAAGAAGCUCCUUCUCUUUGAUAGGCACCCGGAUGGCGUAGCUUCUGUGUCUUUUAGGGAUCCUGAGGAAGCUGAUCUUUGUAUUCAAACCCUUGAUGGAAGGUGGUUUGGUGGCCGUCAGAUCACUGCCCAAGUGUGGGAUGGCACUACUGAUUACCAGGUAGAGGAGACCUCAAGAGAAAGAGAGGAAAGGCUGAAAGGCUGGGAAGAAUUCCUCAAUGCUCCAGAGGCAAACAGAGGUCUUCAGCGUUCAAAUUCUGUCUGUGCUCCAGAAAAGGCAGGGCCUUCUAGAGUACGGCAUUUCUCAGAGCGCCCGGGCACAUCUGACGUGACCGCCCAAGAGGCUCCGACCGGAACAGCAGUCGAAGAACCUAUGGAUGAGAAGAAGUUUGAAAAGAUAGAAGAUGGAGAAGAAUUUGAAGAAGCUGACUCAGGGAAGGAUGUUCCAGAAGAUGGGCUUGAGAAAGAGAUGCAAGAAGCUUGCCCUACCAAAGAGCCCGAAGGAAGCUGCCCCAAGAAAGAGUAUGAAACAGGCUGUCCAGAAAAAGGGCUUGAGGAGGGCUGUUCUAAAAAGGAAGUAAAAGAGAAUGGCUCUGAAAGAGAGUCUAAGAAGAUAGUAAAAAAUGAUUACGAAGAGAACGGCCUUCCCCAAGCUUCUGAAAACAAUGACCCUGACCAGGAAUCUGAAGAACAGGACAGCCCCAACAAAGAGUCAGAAGACGAAGACUCAGAGAGAGAAUCUGAAGAAGACUGCUCAGAAAAGCAGUCUGAAGAAGGCUCUGAAAAAGAAAUCGAAGAAAAUGGUCUUGAUAAAGAUUCUGAUGAGGAUGGCUCAGACAAAGAGUUUCCGGACAGCCUUGACAAAGAGUUAGAAGAAAAUGACACUGACAAGUCCGAAUUUGAUGAAGGUUCUGAGAGGAUGUUGGAUGAUGGUUCUGAGAGAGAACUGGAUGAUGACUCAGAAGAAAAGGAGGAAGAGGAAGGGAUGUAUGACAAGGUUUUUGAUGAUGAGUCCGAUGAGAAAGAGGAGGAAGAAGAUGCAGAGGAAAAAGAGGGUGACGACUCUGAUGAGAAAGAGGAGGACGAUAAAGCAGAUGAAAAGUUGUUUGAAGACUCCGAUGACAAAGAAGAAGAUGCAGAUCUAAAGGAAGAUGAAGAUGAUGACGAGAAGUUGUUUGAGGAUAACAAUUCCAACGAGAAGUCAUUUGAUGAGGAGGAAGGCUCCAAUGAAAAGCUGUUCGAGGAUUCGGAUGAAAGAGGGACUGUAGCGAAUGUGAAGGAAGAUGGGCCUCUGUCCGCAGGCAGCAGCUUUGUUCUCAGUAGUGAUGAUGAGGACGACAAUGACGAGGAUGACGAUGAAGAUAUUUAAUCCCUUACACUUGGUUUUAGGGAGAGCCCUCCAUCUCCAUUUGCCUGUGCUUCAGGGUCAUUACUAGUAGUGUUAAAUGAACAUGUGCAUAGUGGUAGGGUGCAGAAUGCAUUAUUGCGUUGGAAAUUUUUCAUUGCUACCUAUAUGUGUUCCUAUAGAUUUUAAAUAUAUCUUAACUGGCUCUUCAUUUAAAUCUUCAUAGGUAAAAGGCAAGUAAACUGGAUACUUGCUCUUUUGUCAGAUUUGUUAAAUGCAUGCAGAAGAAUAUUUUUAAAAGUAUUCUGAUUGAAGUUUGUGAUAUUCAAAAAUAAAAAUAAGUUGAUAAUCUGCAGUACCUGAAAGUUGGGCUUGAAUUAAGUUGCAUUUUAAGUUCCUGGUAUUGCUUUAUUCAAAAUCCCUGAGGACUUUGUCUCCAGUUUAUGUUCCCACUCUUGUUCCUCUUUCCCCAUUUGAAACCGGAACAUGAUCCUAAACUUACAGUUGAUAUAAUACUAGAAUUCUCCCUGUGUAUCUGGUCCUUGGGGGCUGUCUAUUUUCUACCCUCUUUCCACUAAAGUUGACUCCUAUAUGUGCAAAUUUUUUCCUGUGACCUACAGCAUUAAUCAUUGAAAAAUACAAAAAAAGAAAUGAGUUCUAUCAGGUACUGUUUUUAGCCCCUCUGAGCUGUUUUAGAACUUGAUAGAAGUUAGGAAACUUCUCCUCACAAAGAUGUACGUACACACACUACACAAUUUAUAUCCCACUUGAAACUGUACGUAGAGGUCCCCUGAAGAGUAAGAACUAUGCCCAUGUAUACUCCAGCUUUUUGCUUUUGUUUUAGAAUCACAGUUCCUAGCACUGAAACAAGUGGUGCAGUUCCAAUGGUGAGUUCUCCAGUGUGCUCUCUGAAUUCAGUAUUGGUGAAUGCACUAAUGAUGUUGCAUUAACAACCUAAACUUUAAUAUUAAAAUAAACU